UAUCCCUUUCCUUGCAUCACCUUAUAAAUUUAGAAGAACUUUCUUAUUCUUAUGGCCCACUUUUUUCCAUUCUCAUCUCUUUUUACCCUUUCAACUUGCAUUAUUAUUCCUCCUAUAUAAACUCACAUACAUACCCUUCUUGCAACUGCUCCAAAAUAGUCAAGCCCUCCCAUUCAAAAGAAUUUUUGUUCAUAGCAUACCGGCCCUAAACACAAGUUCCCUAAUCCAUACUCGAAACAGUUACAUACACAUAUAUAGAUCGAGAUUAUUGAUAAAAUGGCUUACUCUAUGAUGAGCACAACAAAUCACAAGAGAAGAUGUAUCAUGUCAUCAUCUAAAUUUGAAGCUAAUAAUACUUCAUUCGAGGCGAGUGAUGAUCGGAUCAAAUUAGACCUUGAAGAUUUUAUUAACGACGAAGAUUAUGAUGACAAUGAAGAUAAUAGUUCCAUCUUUUCUUGUUUCGGAACCUCCUCAAAUUAUUCCGGUGCAGCAUCCGAUUUCCUAUUGCAGGAGAACCGCGAAAAUUUUAUGUCUAAGAAGAGAAAAACAAUGGAGGCGGCUUUUGUUGAUCAUGAGUUGGAAGAUACUGCUAGUUCACCCGUUCAAAGUCCAAAGGUCAAUCAUUUGAAUCUCUUCUACAUGAAGUCAAAAGAUGAGAUAGAAAGUAGAGAUAUUUGCCAGAUGCAAGAAAAUGGACAUAAUAAUUCACGGCAAGCCGGAGAUAGUAUGAACACGGGUUCCCUAGAAUCGGAACUACGAAAGAAGGGACUUUGCUUGAUCCCUACUUCUACGUUACUAAAUUACCUUAGUGCAAAUUAAUCAACAUUUGAAGAUCAACUCUAGUUUGUUAAUAUUUUAUGUAGCUCCCACUUCACGGAAUUAUAGAUGUAUAUGCACAUUAUUAAGAUUAUUAUUUGGGACGAAGAGAUCGAUUUUGAAUAUAUUUAAGCCGGAGAUUUAAAUUUGUUCAUGUAAUCGAUCGAAUGAAGGAUAAUCGAAAUAUUUUAGGAUGACGCACAUAAUGUAAGAAAAUAUAGGGAGGAUUAUUGUGCCAUUGCAUAUUCUAGAUCUAGUCAUGUAUAACAUGUAAAAUUAGGUUAAAUGUUGUUGUAACUUGUAAGAUACUAAUAUUUUAUUAAUUUUAAACAUUGUAAUAAAUAUUUCGAUUUUUUGCAUGAAUUACUUAAGUGUAACAUAUUUGAAGUAAUAAGGCAAAUUUUACAAUUUUACUUACUUUAUUAUUUCUUUUGGAAAAAAAUAGUCUUGAACGUGUAAUAUAAUUAGAUUCGAGCAAAAGCAAAAAUAAAAGCAAACACAAAAAAAAGAAAAAGAUCAAGGAGGGUGUGAUGAUCAAAACAAGUAGUAUGCUGAUUUGUUUCAAAUUCAGAUCUUUUUCUAGUAGCUUUUCUCUUUAAGUUAGCUUGAUGAGCUCAAAGAAAUUAAACAUUAUU